AACUAACUAACUACCUAUGUGGGUAACCGCUUAAAAAUGUAGAUAUAACAAACUACCUACCAUCAGAAAGAAAAUCAUUCUUUGUAAGGUCCCGUAAGUCGUUUUUACCAAGAAUAUGCGAACAGGGCCUUCCAUAAUUUCAACAAAUCGGGUAUCAUUAUACUAAUGACGAUAUUAUUCAAACGCACGAGUCACCAUAGCAGCCACAAAUAUAAAAGUCAUAGGAAAGGUCGGCUCGCCAUCGUCAAGUAAUGCGGAAACUCAGAAGAAAUCAUAACAAUCUCCUACGCUGCCUACGGAUCCACAAAUAUGUAAAUCAUCUCAUUAAAAUAAACAAAACUCUAACAGCAAGCUUAUCCUCUUUCCUUAAGAUGCGGAAUAUUUGGCAUACACUCAUUCGUUAACCAGUUACCGGUAUUGACAUGCGUGUCCAGCGGGCCAUUAUACGAUCUAAGAUAAAUUGUGAAGCGGUAUUUGAGAUUCUGAUUCAUAGAGCACCAACAGUGUUAACAUACAAGUUAUGGAGAACAGCACAGCAUCACCUAUUAUGGAAUAUGUGACUAAUGAGACUUUGAUUAAGCAAGUGGCUCACUUCUUCAACGUUAGUGUAGCGAAUGUGACAAACCAAAGUGUAGUGCAGCAAGAGACACUCUUCGAUUUGUACGAAGCCUACAGGACGAAGGAAAAGGAGCAAUUGAAUGCGUACAAAAGUGUGGCAUACGUUGUCGGUACAUUGAUAAUUCUAAGUAAUUUAAUUGUUGUUAUAUCCAGCGGCCUGAUACUACGACGAGGCCAGCAGCCCAAGAGCACCUACCUCCUGCUAGGAAAUGUGUCGCUGGCGGACACGAUCAUCGGCGCUGCCAUCAUCUUCGGGGCUCUCAUUGACAACUCCAUGGCCUCCAACCCACUGUGCAUUUUUCAAAUUGGUAUGAUCGUGUGUCCGGCGAUUGUCUCCAUAUUCAGCGUGGGACUGAUAGCCGUGGACCGCUAUUUCUACAUACUACACGGCUUAUACUACCAAAGAUACUUUAACACUACAAGAGUCAGGAUUGCCAUUGUUAUCAUUUGGAUGAUAGGUCUCAUCCUCGGAUUUAUGCCGGCUACCGGAUGGGUCAAUAACGAGCUAAUAUACACUAGAUGUUACUACCACGCACUCUUCCCUGGCGCACUCAUACUUUUUAACUCCUCCUUAAGUUUAAUACCUAUCAUACUUGUGACUAUACUGUAUUCUAUAAUACUAGUUCGUGCACUUAAGAACGUUAAGGAGAUAAAAGCAGCUGAAAAGUCCGUUAAUUUUAAUUCAAACUCAAAUGAGACACCAAAACUCAGAAUAUAUCGUGGCAAUACUAACCUCAAUAGAACUUUCCCGACAAAACCCCAAAAAACCUCAAUGAGACGAUGUGCGUCUUUUAAUGCUAUAUGUGAUAACUCGAAGAAAAGGACAUAUACAAGAAAAACUGAAAAAUCUAAAAGCAUUGGUGAUCUUUAUAAUGAUAGUUUUAAUGGCACAGAUGACAGUUCUUAUAAUAAAAACUUGGAAAAUAGCAAAGAAAUCCUUAAAAGUCAAUACGAAGACUCCAAGCUAAGCGUUUUCACUAUUGAAUCAUCGAACUAUUCUAUAGCAAGCAUCCCAUCCUCAAGUUCAAAGUCAAAACGUUAUGCAAAUAAAUCAAUAUUGAAUAAGUUUUGUAAAGAAAAGCCCCCACCGAAGCCAAAAGAAGCUAACAAAUGGCGAGCCAUAACCGUAGUUAUGCUCACUACGGGCAGUUUACUAUUCACUUGGCUCCCUUAUUUUGUUACCGUCACUUGUUUUGUACUCUGUGAAGACAAAUUGACAAACCCUAGGUGUAUGCAGUACAGAAUUGCGCUCGGAGGUAGCAUUCCUACCUUGGCAUUUUUAAACAGCAUAUUAAAUCCACUUAUUUACGCAUGGUGGCAUAAAGGUUUCCAAAAGACAGUCCGAACUAUGUUCAAGAAAUAUUGGAGUAUCAAUGUUUCCUUCUUAUCUGGUUCUAGCUGCACAUUUGCACAAUGAUCUUGUCCCGGGAGAGUUAACCAAUAGUUGGAACUUGGAACAUACUAGGGCAGUAAAGUAAUGCUCCUAUAUCCUAUCCAUGACGAAAAAUAUUACUUAGAGAAUUAAUUUUUAAUAUAUUGUUUAAUGACAGUUCUCUCUGUAGAGUCGAUUACCUACUUAGAAAUAUAGUUUAUGCGUCGUUGGUUAUCCUAUUUUUCUUUUCCUUAACCACUCACAUGAUUGAUAUUUUUCAGUGACCUCUAUUAACUAAAAGUAACGUUGGUAAGUAAUAUUUGCAUGUAUUGUAUCCUGGUACUCAUCCUUUUAUGGUAGCAAGGCCCAUCUCAGGUUUAGGUUCAACCUAAAUAACACAGGAUACAAUAAAUGCAUAGGUUGCUUGCUUUUUGGCAACCAAAACGAUGCAGAUACCUACUUACCGGAAGGGAAACCUAGGCCUAAGCUAGGGAUUAAUCUGUUAGAUUAGAUACCUCUCUAUAUUUAUGUUCACCAAAGGGCAAGUGGAAAAUGCAAAAGAUGUUUUGUAAUUUGUCUUUUCUUAUGUACAGUCACCUGCAGAGAUAAAUGUGACCCCAUGCAUAGAAAUUUGCAGGGAAGUCAACUAUCUGCAGCUGUACAUAAGUUCCAAGGAACUCAUCAUUACGAGACGGGUUCGUACUCAAAACCGUCGCAUUACCACUGUCCACUAGGCCAUCAACUCUAAGUUGACUUAUUUAAUAAAUCGUCUGCUCCUUUACCUAAACGACGCAAUAAACUAUAGUUCGGGUGUUUACUAAUUAUCAGACAUCGUAAAUUUUAUAGCAUUUUGGUGCAGUGGAGUGGUGUUAACGGAAUUCGUACCUAUAGAUAAUUCCAACUGAAAUGGUAAAUUAAGGUUAAUAUUAACCUAAUUAACGCUAAUUAAUCAUUAGGGUUGAAAUUGUUUAUACCAAUUCCGUUAACACCACUCUGCUGCACCGAAAAUGCUAUAAAAUUUACGAUGUCAGCUAAUUAUACCUAGGUGUUAACGUAGUUUUACGAAUACUAGCUACUUUGUACCUAAAAUCUGGUAGUUUCUUCACUGCACUUUUUUGUUGUAUGUCCAACACACGAUAUUUAAAAUAAAGUCUAUGUAAAGACUAUUAUAACAAAAUUUUACAGGAAUAUUUGUCGCAAGCUUACCGGCCAUGGGUUGGACAGGCCAGACUUUCACCAACUAUAGAUGCUGGUACAUUGCACUGUUCCCGAGAGCACUACUGAUCAUACUCUCUGUCGUUGUACUAUCAGUCAUCAUUAUGGUUUGCGUUUUGUACUUUCUUAUUCUACACCGUGCUGUAAAAACUGUAGACAGAAUCAGAGAAAUCAAAGAAAGCUACAAUUACAAUAUUGCGUUUGUCAACAAAGCGUUCGAAACAACUGAAGCUGAAGACAGCUCCAACAAUGUUGACGAAAAAUCGAAAACGACGGUCACUAUAACAAUAUCUAAAGAAAUUAUAACAGAAAAGGCUGGAAACUCUUUAGAAACGCAUGAACUAAGCAAGAAAAAUGUAGAAGAAAAGAGAAUCGGAAAUAAGUUAAAACAGAAAUUUCAAGCGAUCUCUAGCUACUACGGAAAAGCGAGGGCUGUUGAUUCGCACCCGAGUAAGUUGAAAGCUGUCAAGACUGUGCUAUUGGUUACAGCAUGUUUUGUUGGAACUUGGGCUCCAUAUUAUGUAACAAUAAUUGUUUAUGUUAAAUGUGAUAUCAUGACCAACGGGUACGACUGCAUUCCUCUAGAAAUGUUAACGUUAGGACCUUUGUAUUUAUUAGGAGUAAGCAAUUGUCUAUUAGACCCUUUAAUUUAUGCGUGGAGACAUUCUGGAUUUAAACACACCCUUAGAAAUAUGUAUUGGAAAUAUGUAUUAAGAAGUUUUAAUAAAGGUACAUUCAGAUGAGAUGAUAGAUCUUUGAAUGGGCCUAUUUUGUGUGUGUAAAUAAGUAAUAAUAUUUUACAAGCACAGAGUGCUUUAAAUAGGUCAAUAAAUAAC